CACAGUGUCAGCGCAGACAGGUGACCGUGCGAGUCUUGUCGCCGAUCGGUUGCAUUUUUAUACUCCGCAUUUGUUAUUAAAAGACGUUUACAUAUUAUAAUUAUUAUAUUUUUAUAUUUUGUUUAUAAUAUAUUUAAUUUGAUCGUAAACAACAAUUUUUUAUUUUAUAAAAUCGUGAAAUAUUCAUUUGAGUGCAUUUUUUUGUUGGAUAUAAUUCGAAAUGAUCUAAUAAUCAACAUAGAACGCGCUUAUAGGAUAAUAAUCAAUACGAACAAUAAUUGAGUUGUUUAGUAAUUGCAGACGAUUUAUGGAGAACUAGUUACUUUUCAACGAUUUAAAAUGAGACAGGAAACGCCUCCGAUGGAAUCGGAUUUGCCAUUUGACUUCAAUUCUAUCAAAGAAGAAGAAUUUGACAAAUUUGUCGACUACAUUGUAUUAGACCAGCCGCCAGAUCCGAAUAACCCAAAUCGAGCGGAGAGUUCAUUACCCAGAAACCUUAAACUGAAAAAAAUUGGAAAGAAAAUUACUGGUGUAAAGAGUGCUAUAUACAUUCCAUUGGGUACUAGAUUCGGCCCAUUAGUGGGUGAAGUUUGUGUCAAGGAACAUGCACCAAACGGAAAAAGGAAAUAUUUCUGGAGGGUUCAACUCAUGCUAGGUCAAGAUAAUUUCUGGCGGAAAAUGCGCCAACAGAUUUAUAAAGAGAACAAACCGUUCUAUUAUAUCAAUACGUACGAUGAAACCAAAUCUAAUUGGAUGCGGUAUGUAAGUGCUCCAUAUUCACCACAAUCUCAGAAUCUGAUCGCGUGUCAAUGUGGAACUGACAUAUUUUUCUAUACUAUACGGCCAGUUUAUCCAAAUGAAGAACUUCUUGUUUGGUAUUGUCGUGAAUUCGCUGAAAGGCUAAAUUAUCCAUCUAGUGUCGAACAGAUGAUACAACGAAUGCAAGGAAAAAUACAAACAUCUACGUCACCGACGUUACCUAUGUUAGCCGAUGCUGCAGAUACGGUAUCAUCGUCAUCAACUCCUCCAACACCACCACCGCAGCCAGCUGAUAGUGGUGAUGUCACAUUGAAAACAGUUAACCGAGUGCACUGGCAGGAUGACGAUAUACGAAACGAAUUUGACAAAGCAAUGACAAAUAACGCGACGUCCAUGCGACGUGUAGUGAUUAGCCCAGUCAAAGAAUACGCCGACAAUGGAAAUGCUGACGUUUUGAGGUUAGACGGGUUGAGGUUGAGACCAAUAGAUGACGAAGGAAAGGCUCAAGGAUACGCUCAAUCCAAUUCGGUGCGGUCUGACGAAGGGUAUCACAGCCACACUUAUCAUGACGAUGCACCCACACCACCCGAACAUCUAUCCGAUUCUGACGAUAGCUCCAACUGCAUUUUGGAUUACAGUAAGAAAUCGAAAUUGCCAAAACCUGAUGAGGAAGCGGUUGAAGUGGAAACUAACGAGUUUCUCAAGGUGAAGAUCAAACUGCGCAAAGCCUCGCAGUAUAGAAAAGAUUUCGACCAACCACAAAAGGAGCCAACACCUCCUCCGGCUAUAGCCGAACCCGUGAUUGUUGUUCGACCUCAGUCGCCCAAACAAUACGCCGAACCGUCGUCAUCGUCUGGUACGUCACCCGAUUCCGUUGAAUCGCAGCCGAAGAAACUUAAGCUCGAACCGAUCGUUGCACCUCCGCCAUCAGUUAUAUAUCCAUAUCCCAGGGAUCAGAAGUCGCUUUUAGAAAACCUGUUGCUGCAAACCAAAGAGACAAAUCAAUCGCCAGCGCUCACGCCGAUCACGUCUAUGACGCCUCCGCCGCAAAUGCCAGCCGCCGAUCCACCGUACAUGCAGCGCUACGUUAACGCGUCGGUAAGCCCGGAUUCGUCGACCAAAGUAAUGUCACCGCACCUGUCACCGUUGCACCAGGCACACCGGAGCCCGCCGCCGACGAUCCUCGUCUAUCCCGCGCCCGCCGGUCAGCAGAUCCAAUACGUGCCGUACCACCAUCAGACGCAUCUGUUUCCGCCACAGGGCAACGGGUACCAGUGUCAUUAUCCCAGCAACCAUCAGGUGGAAUCCAGCGCCGGGAGUCCACCUGCGGGUUCGAUGUCGCCGGACGACGUGUCGCCGUGCGGAAGUCCCGGGAGCACCGGCAACUCGCGCGGUUACAGGUCGCUGCCGUACCCGAUCAGCAAGAAAAACGGUAAAAUGCACUACGAAUGCAACGUGUGCCGCAAAACCUUCGGUCAGCUGUCCAAUUUGAAAGUGCACUUGAGAACGCACUCCGGUGAGAGGCCGUUCAAGUGCAAAACGUGCGGCAAGAGUUUCACACAGCUGGCCCAUCUGCAAAAGCACAAUUACGUGCACACCGGCGAACGUCCGCACGAGUGCGAUGUGUGUCAAAAACGGUUCAGCUCCACGUCCAACCUCAAGACCCAUUCAAGGUUGCACACCGGCGACAAACCGUUCGUCUGCGAGGUGUGCUCGUCCACGUUCACUCAACUGGUGCAUUUGAAACUGCACAAGCGCAUCCACACCAACGAGAGACCGUUCACGUGCCACUGUUGCCAAAAGUCGUACAUCAGCGCCAGCGGAUUGAGAACCCAUUGGAAGACCACGUCGUGUAGGCCACCGUAUUCGGGCGGCAAGGACGACGCGGUCGAGCAACAACGGACCAGUCCCGAUUAUCAAACGUAUCAUAACAACGGUUACGCGGGCGGCAUGAUGGAACAGGUGGACGACGCGAACCAAAUGUACGGCGGACCCCCCCGGGUGGACAAGCACGAGGACGACGACGACGAUUUGUACUCUCACUUGCGGCCGCACCACCAUCAGCAAGCAAUCACCGCCGUCCAACCGGAAGAGAUCCAACGGCCCUCGGUCAUCGAACAGAGGCACUUCAUCGAGUGCACUUAAAAUGCACACACAAAUUCACACGAACUGCAUCCCGAGACCGUACGUCGAUAAAACGAUUGUUGUUCCACACGGAUUUAAUGGGCGUCACCAAUGAAUUCAAUGAUCAUUACCAUUAGUGGCCUCCCCAUACGAAAAGGCUAAUAUUUUUUAAACACGUAAUUAUUAUUAUUAUUAUUAUUAUUAUUAUUUUUUUUAUUAUUGGAUGAAACUCGAUAAGCUCAAAGAAGCCAAAUAUUUAUUAAUAUGAAAUUUCGUCAAAAAAAAAUAAAAAAAAUUUUUUUUUUAGAACAGAAACAUAA